AUGACAACUGAGGAUGUCAUCGAUAGUUAUGCGCACAAGCCGAAAUUCACCAUGCAGCUCCAGAACAUUUUGCCCGUCAUGGCUCUUCUCGCGACCCUAGUCGCUGGAGCUCCAUCUUCCCCAGGAGUAACACCAUCCAAAACAAUUAUAGACACACGUUCGGAAGCUAAUUUGCCGGUCCUUAAUAUGGUAGCCAAGCGCUCGGAUGCUGAUGCUGCCACUCGAUAUGUUGUGGACAAGCGCUCGGAUGCUGAUGCUGCCACUCGAUAUGUUGUGGACAAGCGUUCUGACGCCGAUGCUGCCACCCGAUAUGUGGUUGACUAA